UAUAAAAAAUACACCAAAAACUCCACUCCAUUUUCGAGUGGAGGUACAGUGUCACUGCCCCCCAUUUUUUACACCCCAUGGGGUUGGAGAUGAUCUUAGUCGAAUCGAUCGAUCGAUCGAUGGUAGAAGAAGCAUUUUGAGGAGAGAGAGGAUUGAUUGAAUCGCCGGUAGUAGGCUUUUCCAAUUUAUUUGGUGGCACAAUUUGCGGCGCUCGAUUCGAUUUUGUUGAGGAGGGAUUCGUUGCCGGCCGGAGAGGUCGGGUUGGGAGGCGCCGCUCUUCGACAUUUCCUCUUCAUCUGUGUAAGUUGACAGAUCCGUGGUUGGGGAAAUAGAUAGAUUAUUGAUGAUCUGGAUCACAAUUUGGUUGAAUCACUGUAGGUUUGGUUUGGUUUCGAUGGUUGAGAUUUAGGAAGGAUGAUGUAUUAUGGCUGGGGAAUAUAGAUGGAAUUAGGUUUUAUCCAAUCGAUGGAAUUAGGUUUUAUCCAAUCGGUGGAAUUAGGUUUUAAUCUCAGUUUUGAUGAUGAUUAGGGAAAACACAUCAGGAAAAAUGUCAUGUGAACUGUGAAUGGCACUCAUCCCAUCGACCUUCGAAACCCUAGUGCCUUCCCGAUACAUCGCCUUCACAAUUCCCGGCCAUCCCCACCGGAUUGCUGUCCUCGAUUCGCCGGCCGCCGCCUCUGAGGAUGCCGCCGCCUCUACAGCGGCCAUGCGGGUUCCACUUGGCCGCGAAUCCGACUGGAUUUUCUCCACCUUCUCCGGCCACCUCCAGCUCCUCCUCUCUUCCCCCACCUCCCAACCUCUCUCCCGCCUGAUCUUAAUUGGCAACCCGCAGGCCUCCCCGCACCCUAUUUCCUACGAUUAUUCCACCGUCAUACCUAAUUCCGCAGCGCCGCCGCGGAAUUUGGCGCCGCUGUUGUUAGCCCUAACCCCCAAAUCAGCGACCGGAGAAAUUCCCGAACCGGCGGUUUUCUUAGACUACGAAGAUGAGGUAAUUCGAAGCUCGAUUUUGGAGAUUUGCGAGGGGCCUCGCGUUGGGGAGAUGUUGAUCGAGAACGUCGAGCUGGAAAUCGACGGCGGUAAGGAGUUUAGGAGGCGGCUGAGGUUUAAGAGAAUGCCGAAUUUCAUCCAAACUCAGAUUAGUAUCCAUCCAAAGGAAGAAUCAAAGCUCGAGAGCUUGGAUUCCAUGGAAUUUGAUUUAGACUCCAACGAAUUAGUUCAGCCGUAUCUAAUCCCCAUGGUUGCAGGAAUUUCAGUGCUCUGUAAUUUUUUGGAAGAUCGAAUUGUUCCAAGGGCCUUAUGUUUGGGGGUUGGAGGAGGAGCUCUGCUUAUGUUUCUGCAUACCAAAUUGAGCUUUGAGGUCGUCGGCGUCGAGGCCGACGCCGCCGUGAUUCAAGUGGCGAAGAGAUAUUUUGGGUUAGAAUGCAAUGACACAAUCGAUUUGAUCGUCGAAGAUGCAAUUAAAUAUGUUAAUGAUCUGUCCAUUGAUGUAGCUGAGGGGAAUAAGUUUGAUGUAGUUAUGGUUGAUUUAGAUUCUGAUGACGCAGAGUUCGGCGUUUGCGCGCCGCCUCGUCAGUUUGUUUCUGAGUCUGUUUUUCGAGCCAUCAAUGGCAUUCUAUGCGACAAGGGAGCUCUGAUAAUAAAUGUGAUACCUUUGAGCAAGUUAAGUUAUCAGGGGUUGAUUAGUGAGGUUGGGAAAGUGUUUGAGGAGCUGUACGAGAUCGAUGUUGGAAAUGGCGAGAAUUUCGUUCUUGUUGCGACAAAAUUGAGAAUUGAAUCUGCAUUCGAUGCAGAUGAGUGUGGUUUCUUGAGGAAGUUGAGAUUGGUUGUUCCGGGAUCUUAUCUAGAUUCAAUUCGGAAAAUCCCAAAAACCAAUUGAUCUGAUCCGACAUUGUUAAAUUCGAAAAUGUCUUGAUUCUUACCCCGUGCAGUUGUUGGAUUCAAUUUAUGCAUAAAUACGAAAGACAAGAAUCAACAGCAACGAUUGCCCGAGAGUAAUUAUGAGAAUUUUUCUCGAGUUCUAUAAUUUGGAGGAUUCAAACGCAGAGGUACUCCGGACCUGUUGCCCUUGUUCAAUAUGGUUACUUCGACUAUAUUGAAACGGCGCAAAAUGGAGAUUGGCGCCGUACCUGAUGGCUAAGUCAUGGGAGGAUCCGAUUGGAGCUAACGGUCCGAGACUCUUUCUUUUCGAGCUUCCUCGUCCCUAAAUCAUGCGACUUCAUUACAAAUUGUUGCUGAGUUAUGGAACGAGGCUUGAAUUUCAACCUGUAUUUGGUUAUGCAGCACGCUAGCCUGUAAAGUUACCAAACGAUUGUCACAUGGAAUCUUGUUGUCAACGUGUUGUGCUGAAGCUUUUUCGGCAACUGCAUUGUCCUUCGACAUGCUCAGAGGCGGAUUUAGAAAUUCUUUUUACUGGGGCACA